AUGGGUUAUUAUUUAGCUGAUGGUAUGUAUCCUGAAUGGUCUACAAUUGUUCAAACUAUUCGUGAUCCUCAUUCCCAACAAAAGAAAUAUUUCGCGAUGAAGCAAGAAUCGUGCCGAAAAGAUGUUGAACGUGCAUUUGGAGUUUUGCAAUCACGUUUUGCAAUUAUUGCAAGACCGUCAUGUUUUUGGAGAAAGGAAGUGCUACAUGAUAUAAUGACUACAUGUAUUAUACUGCACAACAUGAUACUUGAGGAUGAACGUGAUCUCGAUGCACCAAUUCAAGAUGUCGUAGAGGCUCCAACUCCAACUAUAGAAAUGGUGAUAGAUGAAAAUCUCCGGUUUGAACAAAUUUUAGCUUGA